AUGGAUGGCCCCAUUGCUGAUGCGCUCGGUGCGCACCCUUACUACCCCCUGGGCGUCAGUAUCCCAACAUACGUGGCCAACACCAUGAACGCUGCGGUCUUGGUGUCCAUUUUUGCUGCCGGCUGCGGCAUCAUCUUUGUACCGACGUAUCUUUUUGCCGUGAGAACCAGGCCCAGCAUUUCCUUUGGCGAGGUGCUCAUUGCGUUCUGGUGGGUGCUUUGUGGCUGCUACUUCUCCUACAAUCAUUUCGACAUGGCCAGCAAGACUGACCUCUUCGGUCAACUCUGGAAGGAGUACUCUCUCUCUGAUUCACGCUACAUGACCCAAGACCCCUUUGUCGUCUGCAUGGAGACGGUCACGGCGUUUCUUUGGGGACCAUUGUCCUUUUUUAUCGCCUAUGCCACCAUAACCAAUCAUUCGUGGAGACAUCCAAUGCAGCUGCUCGUCAGCAUGGGCCAGAUGUACGGCGAUAUUUUGUACUACGUCAUUUGCUGGUACAAUGAGAUUGUGAACGGGAUUGCGUACUCACGUCCUGAACGUUAUUACUACUGGGCUUACUUUGUACUCUGCAAUGCUUUCUGGAUUGCUAUUCCUCUGGGUCUGAUAGGCAAUAGUGUCAAGGCAGUGGCCAAGGCAUUUGAUCACGCCAAGGCCAUGAAUGGCUCAGUGAAGAAGCACCAGUAG